AAUUUCACAUGCAGAUGAUACACAAACAGGGAAAAUGGAAAGAGGAUUUGUAGGUGAAUCCUGAGUGCUGAAUUCGGUUGAUUUUGCAAACUCAUAACCAAACCAACAACAAAAAAAUGACAAGCCUUUCGAGGUUUAGUGGCUGCCCUCUCUCUUGCGUCAACCCCGGGGAGAGCAAUACUGAACCCAGCGUGGUGCUGCCACCUUUGGCAGGGGAGCACAUGGGACUCCCCACUGGCAGUUCCUUAAAACUCUGCCCCUCGCACAAUUUGCGAGACUAUCCCGAGACGAGGUCCAGUGCAUAUGUUGACCAUUCGUUUCCCAGUUCUUCAGACUCUGGAUACCCCAGCCACCGCUUAGAGCACAGCCCUAGGGGCAUUAUCAUUGGAGCCAAUCUUUCUGGAGCCGGCAUGCCACCCGUCACUGAUCAACUGGCAUCAAGAGCUAACCAACAUGGCGGGAUUGGAAGGUACCGUGACUUUCCUGGCUACAGAGACAACCGAAGCCAUGCUUUUUUCUCAAGUUAUCAGGAGCAGGCCCACGCCUCCACCGACGCAUCUCGAGAUUUUGGCAGCCAGAUGAUGCUGGGUAUACCUGGCGACCUCCUCGGCCGGACGCACCCUUAUGGCCAAACUAUCAACCCCAAGGGAAACAGCCAGCAACUUGUCUCACAAUUCCUGGGUCUGUACAAACCCCUCAACAUGGCAAUUCAGCGUGGAGGCGGCGACGCUUUCCUCAGGUGCUCUAAACAAACAGUGAAGCAUGAGCUGGUGUGCAAGUGGAGUGACGGCCAAGAGGGGGCUGGGAAGCUUUCUUGCUCCAGAGCCUUCGGGACCAUGUAUGAACUUGUCACCCAUGUAACAGUGGAGCAUGUCGGAGGACCAGAUCACUCUGAAUAUGUGUGUCACUGGGAGAAUUGUGCGAGAGACAGGAAGCCUUUCAAAGCCAAAUACAAGCUGGUGAACCACGUCAGAGUCCACACAGGGGAAAAGCCCUUUCCCUGCCCCUUUCACGGCUGUGAGAAAGUUUUUGCAAGAUCAGAAAACCUAAAGAUCCACAAGAGGACUCACACAGGUGAAAAACCUUUUAAAUGUGAGUUCGAGGGCUGCAACCGGAGGUUUGCGAACAGCAGCGACAGAAAGAAGCAUUCUCACGUGCACUCCAGUGACAAACCCUACAUGUGCAAGGUCAGGGGCUGUGACAAGUGUUACACCCACCCAAGCUCCCUACGCAAGCAUAUGAAGCUCCACUGCAACAAGACCCACGUCGCCGAAAGCGAUGACGCGCGUCCCGGGGACGGGGGUCACGUUGCGGAGGCCAGGUCAUCCCGAGUCCCCGAUGGAGCCCAUAUCAGCCCUCCUCACCCUCCCACCUCAACUCAAGAAGUCCCCCUGUCCCCAGAGAGUCGAGAUGAUUCGACCUCGAGGUCACGUUUCCAUCACACGUUUGACAGCAGUUUGGACUACUCCACACACAGGUCACAGCCCCUCUUGGACCCUUUGUUGCUACAAAGAGGCAGCUACAGGUCCCAGUCCUCCCAGUACCCCUGCGGCCAGACAGGUCACACUUUUGCCCAGAGCUCAAGGACUUUCCCCACCACUUCUCCCUUUCAGAAAAGUAUUGUCAACGGAUGGUACACAUGCCACAGCGGCGUGGACUCCUUCCCACCAAAGCAAUGUAACAACAUCCCGUCUCUGUGAGUUCCUGUUAGGACACAUGCGGGCGACCUACCCUAUUUUUCGGGCCUAUUUUUCAUGUUAUAGCCUAAAAAAAACGUUCAGCUGUAUCUAUAUUACUCUCUGAAUUUUUGUGAAUGUAGUAUCAAAUAUUUUGUGACACGUCCUGAGUCGUCCUAUUGAAAUAUUGCAUUGUGCAAUGUGGGCGAGCUUUAUGUGUUGUUGUGAGGCCUGUUUGUUUGGGUUUGGCUUGUAGCCACAUCUCUCCCACAGUGGGUUAUAGGAACUUUUACAAAGUUUAUAUGCCUAAUUGUUCGCUGUGUUACGUAAU